UCUUUUCUUUUUCAAUUUUGAUUUUGCAAGUCUCAAUUAUUUUCUGCUCUUAUUUUUAAGGGCGACUCCUAAUCAGUUGGGUUUGGACUUAAAGGUUGGCCCAUAUGGUGACAAAGUCCCUCAAGCAGCCAAGGCCUCUCAUUCUACACUCGCUUGCCAAAAUCAAUGCUCUCGCUCUUCUCUUUUCUCUCCACAGGAGCUCUACUAGGGUUUGGGUCUUACCCUUCUUUGCGUUAACUCAACCCCAUUCUUCAAUCUCAUUCUUCAAUCCAUAUCGUAAAUCUGCUCCAUGGUCGGUAGUACUCACUUGCUUGGAAGUAGGAUAUUCUGCUAGCUUUUUCCAAAUGCGAGAACUCCCCGUGGUCAUCAGGGUGAUGGAGGUUCCACUGCUUAGUUCGUGUUGGGACAGAUCCCGCUUUUGAGAGUUUACUUUAGAGCUAUGUCCCAUGUAUUAUCUACUCUCUAAGUAUUUAUUUUAAACACUGUCGAACUAUUUUCUCUGUCUAGUUAUUGGCAUGGUGGUGUGUCCUAGUAUUUCAUUAUUAAGUACCUUGGAUAUUUGUAAGGAGUGACUUGAUACUCCACAAAUUGACCCUUUAUGUUAUCCUGUGUAAUAUUCCAUU